AUGAAUUCUCCUGAGUCGAUUGCAGCUGAAGAAAUAGAUUACGAAUCGCUUCCCCCUGAUGCACCAUUAUAUAGCCAAUUGAUGGCAGGCGCAUUUGCGGGUAUAAUGGAGCAUUCUGUAAUGUUCCCCAUAGACGCCUUAAAAACCCGUAUACAAUCAGCUACAGGAUCAAGUUCCAUCGGGAUGUUAGCGCAGAUUUCUAAAAUUUCUACAAUGGAAGGUUCUUUGGCACUUUGGAAGGGUGUCCAGUCUGUCAUAUUGGGUGCGGGUCCAGCACACGCGGUUUACUUCGCUACUUACGAAUUUACAAAGUCACAGUUAAUUGAUCGCCGAGAUUAUCAGACUCAUCAACCGUUGAAGACAGCGCUAAGUGGUACUGCUGCGACUGUGGCAGCUGAUUUUUUGAUGAACCCAUUCGAUACCAUAAAGCAGAGAAUGCAAUUAAAUACAGCGACUCCAAUGCAUAAGGUUGCCAAGGGAAUAUAUCAAAAGGAAGGUCUAGCGGCUUUUUACUACUCCUACCCAACGACAAUUGUGAUGAAUAUUCCAUUUGCAGCAAUGAAUUUUGUCAUUUACGAAUCUUCUACCAAAAUUUUUAAUCCAAGCAACGGUUAUAAUCCAUUAGUUCAUUGUCUUUGUGGUGGUAUAAGUGGUGCUGCAUGUGCUGCUAUAACAACACCACUGGAUUGCAUUAAAACUGUUUUACAAGUUAGAGGUAGUGAGAGUGUGUCACACGAGGUUCUUAGGAAGGCGGAUACCUUUACCAAGGCUACGAAGGCGAUUUAUCAACUACGUGGUUUAAAAGGUUUCCUACGUGGGUUAAAGCCAAGAAUUAUUGCAAAUAUGCCUGCCACAGCUAUUUCAUGGACCGCUUACGAAUGUGCCAAACAUUUCUUACUGGGGUGA